AUGGAGUUGCUUAACCUUGCAAAGAUAAGAUUGCAAAAAAUGAGAGAAAGUGAAUUGGAGUCUUUGAUGGAUGACGUUUAUUCAUUUUGUGGAAAACAUGAAAUUUUGCUUCCCAAAAUGGAUGAUGACUAUCCAAGAUCAAAGCGUAAGAGGUCUGGAGUUUCAUAUUUACAUCACUUUCAUGUGGAAGUAUUUUAUGCAAUUAUUGAUUUGCAACUUCAGGAGCUCAAUAACCGUUUUGAUGUUGUGACUAGUGACUUACUCCUUGGUAUGGCUAGUUUGAAUCCUGUUGAUUCAUUUGCUAAUUUUGACAAGAACAAGAUAAUGAAGUUGGCCGGGUAUUACAAAAAUGAUUUUGGUGAUAACCAACUUCGAGAUCUCAGUUACCAGCUUGAUAGUUUCAUUGGGAUUAAGGAUCUUGCUAUUGUGAUGGCAAAAACAAAAUUGGAUCAAACUUGGUCUCUUGUUUAUUUACUUGUGAAGCUGACAUUGAUUUUACCUAUUGCUACUGCAAGUGUGGAAAGAGCAUUUUCCUCAAUGAAGCUCAUAAAAAAUGAUCUGCGCAAUCGCAUUGGUGAAGAAUUUCUAAAUGGUUGUUUAGUUUGUAAGAUAGAGCCUAAGGUAUUUGCAACUAUAAGCAAUGAUGCUAUUAUGAAUAGUUUUCAAAGGAUGAAGCCUCGUCGAGUACAAUUGUAA